AGCCACACGUGCGCCCCGAGCGCGAGCGCCGGGGCCGCGGGGGCCUCGCCAGCCCCAGCCCCCGCCCUCAUACCGGCGACGCGCGGAAAAUUACAGAGGUGUGUUCCAGAGUUGACUGUUCAUGGCACAAACAAAUGGAGGGUGUUCACUGGCACUUAUUUUUAUCAUUGUGUUGUUGUUGGCUAAAGCAAAUAUAGAUGUAUGCAAGAGAGGAGAUGUGACCGUGAAGCCUUCCCGUGUAAUUUCACUUGGAUCAGCUGUCAAUAUUUCAUGCUCUUUGAAGCCUGAACAAGGCUGCUCACAAUACCCCAGUGUUAACAGGUUAAUCCUCUACAAGUUUGACAGACAAAUCCAUUUUCUGCAUGGUUACUCCCUCAGUUCUCAAGUCACUGGUCUUCCUCUGGGUACAACCCUGUUUCUCUGCAAAUUGGCAUGUAGCAAAAACAAGGAGUUUCGAAUAUGUGGGGCAGAGAUCUCAGUUGGUGUUGUUCCGGAACAGCCUCAAAACUUAUCUUGUAUACAGAAGGGAGAACAUGGGACCGUAACCUGCAUCUGGGACAGAGGACGAGACACCCACCUAUAUACAGCAUAUACUUUACAGCUAACUGGACCAAAAAAUUUCACUUGGCAGAGGCAAUGUAAUGAUCAUUAUUGCGACCAUUUGGACCUUGGAAUUAACCUAACCCCUGAAUUGCCUGAAUCCAGUUACACAGCCAAGGUUACUGCUACAAAUAGUCUUGGAAAUGCUUCUUCAAUUCCAUCCACAUUUACGUUCUUGGACAUAGUGAGGCCUCUUCCUCCAUGGGACAUCAGAAUCAAAUGUGUAAAUGCUUCUGUGAGCAGAUGUAUCCUUCAGUGGAGAGAUGAGGUGCUGGUGUUGCUUAAUCGACUCAGAUAUCGGCCCAACAGCAGCAGGUCCUGGACUAUGGUCAAUGCUACAAAUGCCAAAGGAAGACAGGAUCUGCUGGAUCUGAAACCAUUUACAGAGUAUGAAUUUCAGAUUUCUUCUAAGUUACAUCUAUAUAAAGGUAGUUGGAGUGAUUGGAGUGAACCAUUCAGGACACAAACACCAGAAGAAGAGCCUACUGGGACAUUAGAUGUCUGGUACAUGAAACAACCCAUUGACUACAAUAGACAACAGAUUUCUCUUUUCUGGAAAAAUAUGAGUGUAUCUGAGGCAAGAGGGAAAAUCCUCCACUAUCUAGUGACCUUGCAGGAGGUGGCAGGGGGGAAAGUCACAAUGCAGAACAUCACAGAACACACCUCCUGGACCUGGAUCAUUCCCAGAACUGGAAACUGGGCUGCAACUGUGUCUGCAGCCAACUCAAAAGGCAGUUCCCCGCCUACUCGUAUUAACAUAACGGACCUGUGUGAGGCAGAGUUGUUGGCUCCUCGUCAGGUCUCUGCAAACUCAGAGGGCGUGGACAACAUGAUGGUGACCUGGGAGCCCCCUGGGAGAGCCGCCCCUGCUGUCCAGGAGUAUGUGGUGGAAUGGAGGGAGCCCCAUUCCAGGAGUGACACGCAGCCCCCUCUAAACUGGCUGCGGAGCCCCCCCUACAAUGUGUCCGCUUUGAUUUCAGGGAACAUAAAACCCUACAGCUGUUAUGAAAUCUGCGUGUGUGCACUGUCGGGGGACCAGAGAGGAUGCAGCUCCAUCCGGAGUAACUCUAAGCACAAAGCACCACUGAGCGGCCCCCACAUUAAUGCCAUCUCAGAGGAAAAGGGGAACAUUGUGAUUUCAUGGAACGAAAUUCCAGCCCAGGAGCAAAUGGGUUGCAUCCUCCAUUACAGGAUAUACUGGAAGGAACAGGACUCUAAUUCCCAGCCUCAACUUUGUGAAAUUCCCUAUAGGGUAUCCCCAAAUUCACAUUCAAUAGACAGCCUGCAGCCCGGAGUAACAUAUGUCCUGUGGAUAACAGCUCUGACAGCUGCUGGUGAAAGCCCCCCAGGAAACAAGAGGGAAUUUCAUCUGCAAGGUAAAGCCAAUUGGAGUGUGUUUGUGGCACCAAGCAUUUGCAUUGCUGUCGUCAUAGUGGGCAUUUUCUCAACGCGUUACUUCCGGCAAAAGGUAUUUGUUCUCCUUUCAGCCCUCAGACCUCAGUGGUGUAGUAAAGAAAUUCCAGACCCAGCCAAUAGUACUUGGGCCAAGAAAUACCCCACUGUGGAGGAGAAGAUGCAGCUACCCUUGGACAGGCUCCUGACAGACUGGCCCACUCCUGAAGAACCUGAGCCUCUGGUCAUCAGUGAAGUCCUGCAUCAAGUGACCCCAGUCUUCAGACAUCCUCAUCACCCCAACUGGCCAGACAAGGGACAAGAAAUCCAAGGUCACUAUACCUCUGAGGAAGACACAGGAUAUAGUGCCUCAAGCCUACCACCUCCCAGAGCUCUCAUAGCAGAGACAGGACUAGUGGAUCUGUACAAGAUGUUGGGGAGCAGGAGCCCUGACUCAAAGCCAGGACACCUAGCUGGCCCUGUGACAGUACUCCCAGUGGACUACCUUCCCACCCAUGAGGGAUACUUACCCUCCAACAUAGAGUAUCUUCCUUCACAUGAAGCUCCUAUAACUGAUCCUCUGGAAGAACUAAAGCCUCAGCACAUCUCUCUUUCCAUUUUCCCCUCAAGUUCUCUUCACCCACUCACCUUUUCCUGUGAUAAGCAGCUGACUCUGGAUCGGUUAAAGAUGGGGUGCAGCUCCCUCAUGCUGUGAGUGGUGAAGCUUGGAAAGUCCAUGUGCUCCCAGCCCCCAAUGUGUCUCUCAUCCCCAGCCCACAGUGCUCCAGUGGUCAUCACCUCUGGGGUGCUGCUAUCAGGUCUGUUUCCAAAUAGAGGGCAAACAAAAAGCCCAGGGUUUGUCUUGGGAACUGAGAAUUGGCUGUAACCCAGAUGCCUGUCUUGCCUUCUCCAGAGCCUUAGGACUACAGUUAACCCUUGAACAAUGUGAGGGUGAGGGGCACAGGCUUAAAUCUGCAUAACUUGUGACUCCUCAGAAAGUUAACCAUUGUUCGUUUUUGACCACUCUUACUGGUAACAUAAACACUUAUUUUGUAGAUGUAUUUUAUAUACUGUAUUCUUGAAGCUAGAGAAAAAAAAUGUUAAGAAAAUCGUAAGGAAAAAGAUUUAUAGUACCGUAUUUAUUGAAGAAAAUCCACCUAAGUAGACCCACACAGUUCAAACUUGUGUUAUCCAAGAUUCAAUGGUACACCGUGUGUACCUAGAGACUCCAAUCUGGGUUCCCACAACUUUCUUUGCCAGGUUGGCCAGUAAAGGGAAAUGAUAGAAUGGAAACCAAGGCUCUUACUAGCAAGGGCUAAGAAUCCAAGCUUUAUAAAGCUGCUACUCCAUACCAAGUCAUACACCUAGAUCAGAAGCAUCCAGUAGGCCUAAGGCAGAAAUGUUCUCUACAUUUCUUUACUGUUCGCUGCAGUUUAUAUGAACCACAUUGGCUAUUGACCACUUUGGAAUGUCUAGUAUGACUGAGAAGUGAAUUUUGAUUGUAAUUAGUCACAUAUAGGAGGGCACAGGUCUAAAUUACGGAUCCACCAGUAAGAAUUACAAUGAGUCUUCAAAACAGAUCAACCCAGUUUUACAGAGGAGGAUGUAAAAGAUCGUGGUGAACAUCAGUAUUACAAGGGCUCCCAAAUGGUCAUGACUGUUCUUAUUUGUGAAAGCCUGUACAAAUACACCUUUUUGCUAGUU